ACGCAGGCGCGCUGGUUCUGACCCACGUGGCAUGACGUCCUGCUUGCUGUGUUCAUCAGCGAAUAACAGUCUGUGAAGCCGUUUAAUAGGGUUACUAUUCAACAACAGAAGAGAUAUGUCUCAGUUACAAACCAGGUUCUUUACGGAUAACAAAAAAUAUUCAGUCGAUGACGUCCCAUUCUCCAUCCCUGCUGCCUCAGAGGUACAGGAACUCAGCAACGUCAUCAACAAGCUGCUCGAAGCAAAGAAUGGGUCUCACAGCCAGAUUGAGUUUGACUUCCUGGUGCGAGGUCAGUUCCUGCGGACAUCGUUGUCAAAUCACAUGGAGGCUGAAGGCAUCUCAACGGAAGAUGUGGUGGAGAUCGAGUAUGUGGAGAGGUUCACCGCUCCCCAACCAGAGGAGUGUAUGAUGCAUGAUGACUGGAUCAGCUCAGUGGAGGCAGACUCUGAAUGGUAAGAGGCAUGACGUCUAACCCAGACUGAAUGGUA